AAUAGGCCACUCGAUACAAGCCACUCGCUCUUCCUUCCUUCUUCAACCGCUGUCCGUCCCUCUCCUCCAAACCCAGCCAAACGGCGCCCUCCCUCAGUCCCUCUCCUCUUACCUCCUCUGCUCCUGCGUUCUUCUUCCUUGGUUCUUUGGUCUUCCUGCUGCCUGUUUGCUCUUCAUUCGACGAGAAUAGGUGUUAGAAGCCAGACGAAAGAGAGUUGAUCAGCAAGGCCAGCGGAGUGGGGAUCAAUUGACCAGGCUCAGGUCAAACUCCAGGACAGUUCUAAGCACCCAUGUAAUCAACUUCCUUCAAAUUUCCAACAACAAUGCUUGCAAUGAGGAUAUACAUCCAAUUCUGCUUCCAUCUCAUCAUACUCUGCUCCCUCUCCAUUGUCGCCCCAACCUGCCAAGCAGAUCUCCAAACAGAGGCACUUCUCCAAUUCAAGGCCAGCUUAACAGACCCUCUGAACCAUCUUCAGACAUGGACCGAGGCCACCCUGCCGUGCCGCUUCCUCGGCAUCCACUGCGAGGGAGACACGGUCACCGAGAUCUCGCUGUCGAGCAUGAACCUCUCCGGCAGGAUCUCGCCGUCCAUCUCCGCGCUCCGGAGCCUCGAGAGGCUCGAGCUCGACUACAAUUCCUUGUCAGGAACCGUACCCAAGGAGCUGAUCAACUGCACCCAGCUCAAGUUCCUGAACCUGUCAUGGAACACCCUGACAGGAGAGCUGCCGGAUUUUUCAUCCCUGACGGCGCUGACCACCCUCGACGUCGCCAACAAUGGCUUCUCCGGCAAGUUCCCGGCAUGGGUCGGCGCCAUGCCCAGCCUGACCUACCUCAGCAUCGGCUUGAACAGCAACAGCUACGAUCCAGGAAAGACUCCUCCCAGCAUCGGAAACCUCAAGAACCUGACGUAUCUCUACUUAUCAAGCUGCAGCCUGACUGGGGAGAUACCGGAUUCAAUCUUCGAGCUCACUUUGCUCGACACGCUGGAUCUCUCCAUCAAUAAUCUAGUCGGAAGGAUCCCGGCCGCCAUUGGCAACCUCAAAAAGUUAUACAAGAUCGAGCUGUACAAGAACAGCCUCACCGGGGAGCUGCCGCCGGAGCUGGGGAAGCUGACGGAGCUCCGGGAGUUCGACGUGUCCCACAACCAGCUCAGCGGCGUCAUGCCGCCGGAAUUCACGGCGCUCAAGAACUUCGAGGUGAUCCAGCUCUACAGGAACAACUUCUCCGGAAAUAUCCCGGAUUCCUGGGGCGAGCUCCGGUAUUUGACAAGCAUCUCCAUCUACGAGAACCGGUUCUCGGGCGAGUUCCCGGCGGAAUUCGGGCGCUUCUCGCCGCUCGUCAGCGUGGACAUCUCCGAGAGCGGCUUCUCGGGCCCCUUCCCGAGGUUCCUCUGCAGCAGCAGGAAGCUCCAGUUCCUCCUGGCCUUGCAAAACGGCUUCUCCGGAGAGUUCCCGGAGGAUUACGGGGACUGUAAAAGCCUCCAGAGGUUCCGGAUCAACAAGAACAGCUUCACGGGCAACAUUCCCGAGGGGAUUUGGGGGCUUCCCGAGGCCACGAUCAUCGACGUCUCCGAUAACGGGUUUACCGGAGAGAUUUCUCCGGUGAUCGGCCGGGCCGGGAAUCUGAACCAGCUCUCGGUGCAGAACAACCGGCUCCGGGGAGAAAUCCCGCGGGAGACGGGGAACCUGGCGCAGCUCCAGAAGCUCGACCUCUCCAACAACUCCUUCUCCGGCGCCGUUCCCCCGGAGCUCGGGAACCUGGCGCAGCUGACGUCUCUGCACCUGGAACGCAACGCGCUCACGGGCGAAAUCCCCGGGGGGAUCGGGGGAUGCGGGAGGCUCGCCGAGAUCGACGUGUCCAUGAACGCGCUCUCCGGGCCGAUCCCAGUGGAGCUCUCGUUGCUGAUGUCGCUGAACUCGCUCAACGUUUCGCACAACGCCAUUAAUGGAGUGAUUCCGGGGGAGCUGCAGGCGCUGAAGCUGAGCUCCGUGGACUUCUCGGCGAACCGGCUCACGGGGAACGUGCCACGUGGCCUGCUGGUGAUCGCCGGGGACGAGGCGUUUGCCGGGAACCCCGGGCUCUGCGUCGGCGGCAAGUCGGAGCUCGGCGCGUACUGCGAUGAUUCGGAUGACGGUAAUGGCGGCCGUAGCGGGAGGGGAUCGACACGUGUCCUCCUGCCGGUUCUCUUGUCAGCGAUGCUUCUGCUCAUUGUCGGGAUACUCUUCGUCAGCUACAGAAGCUUCAGGCUCGAGGAGUCGAGGAAGAGGAGAGACAUGGAGCGCGGCGGGGGGAGCGGCGGGUGGUCGGAGCAGUGGAAGCUGGAGUCGUUCCACCCGCCGGAGCUUGACGCCGACGAGAUCUGCGGCGUAGGCGCCGGGGACGACGUCGGCGCCGACACCGAGAACCUCGUGGGGUCCGGCGGCACGGGCCGCGUGUACCGGCUGCGGCUCAAGGGCGCCGGCGGCACCACGGUGGCCGUGAAGCGUCUGUGGAAAUGCGGCGACGCGGCGCGGGUCAUGGCGGCGGAGAUGGCGGUCCUCGGCGUCGUCCGGCACCGGAACAUCCUCAAGCUCCACGCUUGUCUCUCCCGCGGUGAGCUCAACUUCAUCGUGUAUGAAUACAUGCCCCGGGGAAAUCUGUACCAGGCGCUGCAGCGGGAGGCAAAGGGCGGCGAGGGGUGGCCGGAGCUGGACUGGCCGCGACGGCUUAAGAUCGCGCUGGGGGCGGCUAAGGGGCUCAUGUACCUCCACCAUGACUGCACCCCGGCGGUUAUACACAGGGACAUCAAGUCUACCAACAUUUUGCUGGAUGAGGACUAUGAGGCCAAGAUCGCUGACUUCGGCAUCGCGAGGGUCGCCGCCGAUGACUCCAGUGAGAUCAGCGGCUUCGCUGGCACCCACGGCUACCUCGCCCCCGAGCUGGCCUACUCUCUGAAGGUAACGGAGAAGACGGACGUGUAUAGCUUCGGCGUGGUGCUGCUGGAGCUGGUGACCGGCCGGAGCCCCAUCGACGCGGGCUUCGGCGAGGGCAAGGACAUCGUGUUCUGGCUCUCCAGCAGGCUCGCCUCCGAGAGCCUCGACGGCGUGCUGGACCCGCGGUUCGCUGUCGCAUCGUCGUCGGACAAGGAGGAGAUGUUCAGAAUGCUCAAGAUCGGCGUGCUCUGCACCGCCAAGCUGCCGGCCACGCGGCCGACGAUGAGGGACGUGGUGAGGAUGCUCACGGACGCCGGCGCGGGGCCUUGCUGCAGCCCGCGCGGGAGGCCGCCCGGGAGGAGCUGCAGCAAGUGCUCCUGCUGAAUUUUAGAGCAGACUCUGAAUGUCACGUCGAUCUGUUUCUGCGACUAAAACUCUGAAGCUUAUCUUUGCGGUGUAUUAUAGGAUCGUACUAGGAUAUAUAUAGCGCGUUAAUUUGCAGGUAUUUUGUAAAGUAUUUACUGGAAUUCGAUCAAACGAUGAAGUACAAAAUUCACAUAGCUGCUCUGUCUGUGUAA